AUGGCGGCACACGGCGCCAAUGGCGAGCCCACUGUCGGCUCCAGCGAACCUCGCCAGAAGGGCAAGGCCACUCCGGAAACCAUUAGAGUAGGAUGCAUCGCCAUGGUCAGGAAAGAGGGCAUACCACGCCGAGCCGAGAUUCUCAGUAUCAAGGAAACGAAAAGCGGCCGACAGUUCUACUGCAACUUCGAUAACUUCAACAAGCGUCUCGACGAAUGGGUGCCGACAGUCCGCAUCGAUUUCGAUCACGAUGUCGAAUGGCCUUUACCCGAGAAGGAGAAACCCAAGGACCCGAAAACGAAGAAAGGCGUUGCCACGUCGAAGAAGCAGAUUUCCAAGAAAUCCCAGAAGAGGCCCGCGAAGAGGGAACAGUCGGCGCCGUCCGAGGCUGCCACCCCACACCCAUGGACCGAGUUUGUCGAGUCGCAGAGUCGCAAGAUAACGCCUACAGCCGAGGAAAGCCAAAGUCAAACACCAGCAACUGGCGAUGCGACCGCUACACCCGCGGCGGGAGGCGACGAGAUGGAAAUCGACCUCGAAGAGGAAGUGCAAAAGAAGGACCUACUCAGCGGCUUCAGCCGCGAGGACGAGAUCGAGAAACUCAGAACACACGGCUCUAUGACACAGAACCCUGCCGAGAUCUCACGUAUCCGAAAUAUCUCCAAAGUGCAGUUCGGAAAGCACGAUCUAUUCCCCUGGUACUUCUCACCGUACCCUGAGGUCUUCAACCAGGAAGAUGUUAUUUUCAUCUGCGAGUUCUGUCUCGGGUACUACGGCGAUGAGAAGUCCUUCACAAGGCAUAGGCGCAAGUGCACAUUACAGCAUCCUCCCGGUAAUGAAAUCUACCGAGAUGACUCGGUAUCCUUUUUCGAGAUCGAUGGAAGGAGGCAGAGGACGUAUUGCCGCAACCUCUGUUUGCUGUCCAAGAUGUUCCUUGAUCACAAGACGCUCUACUACGAUGUCGACCCUUUCUUGUUUUACGUCAUGACAACCCGAGACGACAAAGGCUGUCACAUUAUUGGGUAUUUUUCCAAGGAAAAGGAGAGUGCUGACGGCUAUAACGUUGCUUGUAUUCUCACACUGCCUCAAUAUCAGCGAAAAGGUUACGGUCGCUUGCUAAUUCAGUUCUCGUACGAACUGUCCAAGAUUGAAGGCAAGCUGGGGUCGCCGGAGAAGCCUCUCUCCGAUUUAGGCCUGCUGAGUUAUCGCCAGUACUGGGGUGAGAACAUCUUGGAUCUUCUGAUAGGGUACAAUGAGCGUGACGAGAAGACGACGAUCGAAGCCAUUUCGACAGCACUUGCCAUCAUUCCGCAGGACGUGGAACACACAUUACAAGCGCUUAAGAUGCAGGUGUACCACAAGGGCGAGCACAAGAUUGUAAUCCCGGAGAAGUUGAUACAGCAAAGGGAGAAGCAGAAGGUGAAACAGAAGAGGCUCAUCGAGCCUAGCAAAAUCCAGUGGAAGCCGCCUGUUUUCACUGCUUCAACGAGGACAUGGGGAUGGUAG